CCACGCCAUUGACCAUUGACCACACAUCGAUUCCGCAUCCGCAUUCCCUUUCGUGAUCCAUCUUUGUUCUCACUGAGCCGACAACGUUCGCUUUCAGUCUUUGCACCAACCGGUAGGAGAACCUCCCCCACGGAGUUCCGUACGUCUUCUCCUCUCUUACGACUUACCUUCCUCAAUUCGACAAACUGUACCAUCUUGUCGCCGUUUGGUCCGACAUCGCUCGAUCGAUCCAGCCCAACGCCCGUAGCCAGAACACGCAGACGAUCACUUUCACAAUGAGCACCCAAGAUCUUUUCUCGGCCGAUCUCCUUUCUCCCAGUGUCCAGGCUGAGCUCCCAGAGGGUUACAAGCUCCGCGCGCUUCGGUCAGAAGACUACGAGCAUGGCUUUCUCGACUGUCUUCGAGUCCUGACAACCGUGGGGGAUAUCUCCCGGCAGGAGUUUGACGAACGCUACCAGUGGCUGGCCAAGCAAGACGGCACUUACUUUAUUCUCGUGAUUGAAGAUACCAACCUCAACCCACCCAGGAUCGUGGGUACCGGUGCGCUGAUCGUGGAGCGCAAGUUCAUUCACGGCCUUGGGAAGGUCGGACACAUCGAAGACAUCGCUGUUGCGAAGGACCAACAAGGGAAGAAACUGGGUCUUAGAAUUAUCCAGGCUCUCGACUUCAUCGCCAGAGAGACGGGUUGCUACAAGACAAUCCUGGACUGCAGCGAGCACAAUGAGGGCUUCUAUGUCAAGUGUGGAUUUAAGAGAGCGGGGCUCGAGAUGGCCCAUUAUCACAACAAAUAA